AUGGGUGCAGAAAACGAGCCAAGCGCAAAAAAUGAGGCAACCCCUCGUACCGGAAGCGAUGACGGUGUCGGAACGACGGCGGCUGAAGCUUCGGCAGUGGCGGCAGUCACUGAAACAGAAGAGCAAAAGAUGGUGCAGCAAAUAGAAUUGGAGCAACCAGACGGAGAGACUGAGGAGGAAAUCGAAAAGAUGGAGGUGAAGACUGAGAUUAGACCGGUGGAGAAAUCGGAGGAGACAGCUAAUAUACCUGCAGAAGGAGAAGCAAACGACAACUCAAAGGCCGAGUCUGGGGAGGAAUUGAAGAAAGAGGAGGAAGAAUCAGGCAGCCAAAUAAAGGAUGAAAUAGAAGGGGUCGUGCAGCCGCCGACCGAGAUUGUGGCAUCGGUGCCGACCUUGAAACCAGAGAUAAGGCAGAAGUCUUUGGCCCAGAUCAAGACGCUCUUUCCUAUCGACGCCAAGCUGCUUCAGUACUGCUACAUCUCUCGCAAGAUUAUGACGUUCAUAAUAGUCGUGAAGCGGGCAAAGGAGCUACUGGCGAACCCAGCCACGCCGUUGGCAGAUCCGCAGUCGAUCAUCCUUCUCUCCGGCCCCAUCUUCAACAUCAACGACAACUUUUACCGAAGGUCCGAGUUGCUCCAGAACAUGCAGAAGUACAACCCGGCGCAAACGAUUGACGUAUCUCUUGUGCUUUCGCCGAUUUCCUUUGAUUCACUGGAAAACAUAAGCCGCAACUCUCCUGUUAACCCCUACGGAAUCUCCUUGGAAAAAAUGGUGCCCUUACCGAACAGAAAGAGGGUCAUAGACACAAUAACGUUACUUGAGCUAUUACUUCUAAGUGUGUAUGAGGCUGUGGAUGCGAAGUUCACCACGGCGCUCAGCCAGGUCAACAGGCAGCACGGCACGAAGGAAACAAAGCAAUCGAUAGCCCAAAAUUUGAGCCCGUUGAAGUUCCCUGAAUUGUCAAUUGUGAACCAGCUAACAUUCACCGACGUUCCAGACAUUCCAAGUACCAAGCAAGAGAGUAUUUUAAGAUACUACCUCAAAAGCCAAUUCCAUUUUCUCGAAAUCAAGCUCGCCACGUUUCAAAAUAUCAUAGACGAACUCAAAGCAGGAAUUCACAAGACAAGCAUCUCGGUAGCAAAUUCAAAGACCAUUGCACAGAAGCCACAGCACCUGACUCCACUCUACACAAUGUAUGCAAUACUGCUUAGAAUCGCAGAUAUGUACAUAGAGAUACGGAAAACGGGGAAAACCAUAUAUUUCCAAAACGUUAACUACUUUUCACCUUAUUCAAGAUCCCGUAAAUCCGUACGGGAGGCAUUGGCCAGAAUGUCGAUAUACUUUACUCACUCAAAACAAAACAGCAUGAUUCUGACAUUGAUUUCCAGAUAUGCCAGACGAACAGAAAUCAAGAACAUUUCUUUAGAUUCAAACAUCUUUGUCUCGGAGUUCAGAAAGACUUCGCUAGAAAUGAUUACACUGUUAGAUAAAAUGAUGGCCGCAUUGAGAGAUAUGCACAACCAAUGGACACUUAUUGUUACAGAGGGGAAAGAUAACGAAUUCAGUAAGGAAAUUUUGAGAGAAAAGCUUAGGGAACGCGUCAAUAACGAUAGAGACAAAAGGUUGAAGGUGUUGUUUGAAAAUCAAAAGGAAAUGAAAGCACAGAUGGAGCAUCUGCGGGCAGGUAGCCUGACUCCAGGAGAUAUUAACAAUGGCAAAACCAGACUAGCCAACCGCCGUGUAAGCUCGAUAGGGACAAUCGGUUCCAUCGACGAGAACUCCUCUUUGAACACGAAUACCAGUUUGUUUCAAUCACAAAACAAGCUAACGCGUCGUCUUUCAGUGUCAGAGUCACCGUCGCGUGGAUUGUCCUCAGCUUCUCCAUCCUUGACAAGCUCUUCACGAUCCCCGUUUUACCGACAAAACUCGAACUCCAGCUCAAAUGCGAAUACUAGCAAUUUCAAGGGUUCCAUUUCUGCAAGUACCUCGAGGUCAAACUCGUUGACAAGCACAAGUGCAUCGAGGCGGAUGGUGUCUCGUAGAUCGAGUGCCAGUGAUUUGCAGAACGAAUCGAAAACCUCGGCAUUGACAAAUAGAUCUGCGAUAGCUGAAUCUCCGGCCUUUGUUGAGCCACCAAAAAUAGGGCGUACAGUACAGCGGAAGGGCUCCUAUGGUUCCUUGACCUCUGCCUCUUCUCCAUCUUCUCAAUCGUCCAGGACAUCGUCUUUGACUCGUCAAUCAACAAAUAGAGGGUUGAGGUCACCAUUGGUAACAAACCAACAAUCAGCAGCAUCAGGAUCGCCGUCCCUAACAACACAAUCGCCAGUCAUUGGGAGCUCACCCUCGGUUUCACGGCGAACUACCGCCGAUAACUCGAGAAGGAACUCGCUUACCACUUCUUCAAGCGUGAGAAAUGGCGAAAGCUUGCAAAGAAGAUCCAGCGUGAUACUGACACAUGCCUUCUCACCAAGUUUAAGAAGCCAAGCCAAUUCUGCUGGUACUGUGAAAAGAAGACAGUCUGUUAGCGGAAUCGCCACAGGAAAGAAGGAAAGCAACCAAGCUCAGAUGGCGGCAUUGGCGGCGAAGAGAGUAGUUCCGCAGAACCUCACUGCGCAGCAGCGGUUGCAACAGCACAUUAUGAAGUCUGCACAAAAUGGCAGUAUUUACGGCAAGCCUUUGGAAAGCAGAAGGUCUUUUGUUUCCAAAACGGCAAGUCCGUUGAAGGCAGAAUCCAAUUAUGGGAACAACGACAUGGAGCUACAGAACCAGAUGUCUUCGCAGACACAGGGAGAGUCUCUGGACGAGAAGCUUUUGAACACUUUAGACGCACUAAGUGUAAAUCCGAAUCUGCAAGUCACUCCUUCGUCUCCACUACAAUCACAGUCCGACGGCACUGCCGGUGCUGAAGGGGGGUUGUCUGAGUUCCCAGGAAGCCCGCUAAACUCCCUCAAGGCAACUUCACUGGAGGCGCAGAACGCGCUGAAGCUGCAGAUCAUGAACCGAAGCAGGUCCAACUCCAACACGAACCAGGGCUCCCCUGUUGUGCGAACCACACGGACCUCGCCCACAAAACCAUCCUCCUCGCCGUCGCCAUCCCGGGUGAGAAGCAGAAGCAACUCCGCGUUGACCAAGCUUGCGCCGGUGAGCAGACAAACGUCUGGCGAGAGCAGUGGCUCUGUGUCGGAGCUAAGUCGCCGGAGCAGCGUGUCGAGCUCUGUCCAAGGCCGCACGCGGUCGAGGUCCAGCUCGGUGCUGGGCAACAUGGACGUGGUUUCCGAGUCUGACGUUGGCGGCGAGUUCCGCGUCGGUCCUGACGGCCAAGUCGUGAAGAAAGUCCGCUUUGCCGGUGUAUCGCAGUACUCGGAGGACGAGGAUGCGCCAACCCCGCAGCGCAUGCAGAAGCAGAUCCGCCAGAAGUGGGCUGCCUACAAGCCGCUGUUCCGCAAGCUCAACUCACAAGAGGGACUGGUUUUCAAGCAGAACCACAUGGAUGGCAGCGUCGACGGCGCCAAUGGCACAGCCAAAAACGUCAACUACGGGGGCGGUCUCAUCACCGGUCCGAUGAAUGCCAACGGCGGCGGUCUGGGUCUGAACCCAAACAUGGUCAUGGGUGCCCAGACCCAGCCCAACGGCAAAGUGAUGCUGAUGGAUGUCAUCACGGGCCAGGCCGAGUCUGACGCUGUCCGGAGCAUGAGCAGCAUGUCUCUCCGCAAGGAGAAGAAGGGCCUUUUGGGGGGUAGCGGAGCUGGAAGUGGGAACAGCUCCGGUGGGAACUCCGGUGGCAUCACCGCGACAGCACGGUUGUCGCGACUGUUCCGGAAACGGUGA